GCGGGGCCCCGGUCCGAGGAGAAAUGCAUUUACGCACUCCCGCUAUCUGCGGGGUGUGUGGGACUCUUUACUACAGCUGGAGGCCUUGACCAUAGAGGGCCUGGGUGAUAUGACACCCACUAAAACCUCGAGGGCGAUUGCCCAGUUAUUUGGGAUUUGCGUGUCUGUUUUGGUCACGUCUUUCCAUGUUUGUGUAACGAGUUUUGUGAAUUUGUUGCGUUUCAUUAUGUCGAUGCCGAAAGUUGUAUGUGUCGAGCCAUUUAUCAUUCGUCGCAUCUCAUGAUCCAUGUAUUAGGGCGAAACUUUCCAUCUUGCCCCUGUUCAUCGACGUUUUGUAGUUUGAUAUGUAGGUUGCCGCAGCCUAGUAUGGUGCCUAUUGUUUCAUUCAGUGGUAUUUUUAGGUCAAUUAUGUCCUCAGUGGGCUUGUUGGCGCCUUCCAUUGGAGAGAUUGUCUUUUUUGAGCUUUGUUUUGCGGUUGUACUUGGGGUUGAGUUUUUCCAGGAUCUCUUUCACUGUCAUUGCACGUUUAUGGGGGUUUUAGCACCUUCUGUUACAAUCUCGUUUGCAGUGUUUGCAUGCACAGUUUUGCGGGGGAAGUGGCAUUUAGCGUUGGCUUCGUGCGGACCUCGCUGUAGGCUUAUACUACAAGGGUCCCGGUACAAGUUUAGUGUACGAACAACCAUUUUGCCGAAUGCACACCUCUUGCGGUGGGUCGUCAAAACUUGAUGCACCGGCUAGCCAUAGCGUACAGGAUGACGGUAAGACAUCAAACUAGUGCCAACAUCAUCAAAGUGUGUGUUUUGGGCCCAACGCGUUGAAAGGGCUGAAGCUCUCGAUGCGGCUCAGCUGGUCGAGCGACUCGCUAGCCUGGAGCCUGGAAGACUGUAGGCUAGAACUUGAAGCUU